AUGGCUACGUGUGAUUAUCUUUCUUCACAGCACGAUGGGAUCGUCUCACCUCUUAGUGGGAUCCGUCUUCCAAAUAAUGUAACGGGCAAGAUUCCCAUUUACAAGCGCCUCAACGAGGAGCACAUUCCCGAUUACAACAUAGUCCUUGUCGAUUCAGUCCCCCAAUCGGCUGUCAUCUCUUCACACGCCAAAUUCAAGGCUUCCAUCAAUCCAGAGAACGCUGGAGAUGCCCAAGACUUUCAUGAGAGCUGCUUUGCCGAAGCAGCGACAGUCAACCUGCUUUUCCCCGAUGUACGAUCGGAAAGCAUCCGCAUAUGCUUGGCCGCGUGGCUGGCUGCAAUCUGCACUGCAGAUGACUUGCUGGAGGCUAUGCCGCCAGCUGCCGCUACCGCGAAUUUGAAAGAGCUGAUCUUGAAGUUCCAAGGAAGGAAGGCAGAUGUCUCUGCGACAAACAAGCUCGCGUCAAUCUUUUUAUUUUUCAUAGACCAUUGCAACCAGCAACUUGACCUUGAUGAAAGCAUUUCCCGCCAGCUUAACAAUGAUUUGUGCAAUAUUUGCGAGAGCUGGCUUGACGAGCUUCGAUUUCGACAAGGCAUUUUGCCCAACAACUUCGAAACGUAUAUGCAAUUCCGCGGUAAAACAAUGGCAAUCCAGCCAUUCUUCACUCUGAUGCGGACAAUGUACAAACCAAUCGAAGGAGAAUAUCUCUCUGGCCUCCAAGAUCUCCUGAACCAGAUAAGUCUGGUAUUAGGGCUGCAAAACGACCUCGUUGGCCUAGAGAAAGAUCGUCGGGAUGGCGAGACCAUGAAUGCAGUCUUAUUAUCGUUGAAAGAGAAGGCGGAAAUGGAUGCGGACCACAUGGAAAUUGAAUUUCGAAGGAAGAUUGAAGAGAUAUGCGAUCUUCACAAUCUUUAUGUCUCGGCUGCAGUAGAGAUGUACCAAGCGCUCCAUGUCUCAAUGAAUGAGGAUGCCCACGACCCAACUCUGGAGACUGCAAUUCUGGCCCUUGCGGAUACCCAUCUGAAAUGGUGCACGUCGUAUAAGCGCUAUCAGGCAAAGAUAGAAUAG